AUGAAAGUUUUAAUAGAAAAGCGAUUAUGAUGGGCUCAUUUGCUAGACAGUGUUAGCAGCUCUAUACUGUCUACACAAGCCAUUUAAAGUCGACAAAACCCAAUGAUCUUUUUUCUUUCAUAUAUUUAAUAUUCCUUGCUUUAACAUUCGAGUGUUACCAAGACAGUCAAUUGUUUACAUCAAUAAGGUCUCGUAUUUAUUUUAUUAUGACAAUAUAUGCUCUUCCUCUCCGGUCUCUCAGAUCCUUCCCUUUCUUGUAGCACCAUUGAGGAAGUAGUUGCAAAGUUUGCUCAGCUAACGCCACAGGAGAGAGCAAAAAGGUACGACAAAGGUCACUUAAAAUAACCAUCUUUAUUUCUUUGCAUCAAAUAAUCUUUAUAAUCACAUAAUUUAAUUUUUAUCAGGAAGUUGGAGAGUCUUGAGGUAUGCCACUGUAUUCACCUUUGUGUUUUCUAAUGGCGUGCUAGUUUUGUUAUUUCAUCAAAAUGUACGAAAAAUCUUUGUGUAAUUCAUUUGAAAUUUUAUUUCUUUUGGUUAUAUAGGCCCUGAAAAAGACCUUCAAGAAGUUGGAUCAUGAUGUCAACAUACAAGACUUUUUCGGUUCCAGGUACCAGGCUUUAUCAUUUUGAAGUAAUAUUGUUUGAAAUUUCAAUUCUCAUCGUUUUCCUUUUGCCAUUUUGCAGCACCCAGACCAUUGAGGUAUGGAUAAUCGACAAAUGGGUUCAACCAGGUGUAUCAUUCAAGUUUCUCCCCAUCCUCUGCCCACCUCACCUAGCUGGGAUUUGGUUGAUGUCUUACACAGGACUUGACUAACCAUUCUCGGCUGCUGCAAGCUCAACUGGCAGAAGUGCAAAAGAGACUAAGGUGAAAUUCGAACUGCAAUCUAGCAUUGUUUGGUAACAACCUAUUCUUUGUCACCAGAGUAAGAAUACAAGAUCUCAUAAAAACUUUCAAGGGAAAGACAGCUAUAAUUCAAGAAUUCUGUUCUCUGGCGUUCUGUGUUUAGCCUGGUUUUCGAACCAACAACACUUGCUUGAUUUUAUUUAUUUAUUAUCCUUUUUUCCUAUCUGUGUUUGACAUAUUUCUCUCAUAAAAUUCUCGUUUAGAUUAUGGCAUCCAAUGGAUUCUCUUGUUUUAUUUUCUUCCGACAAUUGGUCAAUGUUCUCUUGCUUUUUUAUUUCAUUAAUUGUACUAAAUGGACUCCUUAAUUUCAUCAAAUGUUCACUUGGUUUUGUUGAUUUUUUUAAUCUGAAGUUGCAUAUUGUGAUAUAGAAUUACAGGUAUGUUCGCAUCAUUUUUCUCUGGUUUCCAGACCCAUAGCUUCAUGUUUUUCUCAUUUCUUACGGGACAUUUUGUGAGGAAAUUACGAGCAUACUUUGAACAAGAGUUAUUUAUUCUCACCGAAUUUUGAGAACUCUUUUUCUGCACAAUGAUCAAAGAAUCUAGGGUGUUGCAGAUAUGUAGGCACCUUUCCCUUUUGACGUACUGUUUUUAGAUUUCUUGCAGCCCUACUAUCUCCAGGCACCUCCCAUCUGAUACUUGGUCAACCUUCAACCCACUAAGCCAUGCUGAUGAAGCCAGCAUCAAUUAGCAAUUCUAUCGUUGUUGUCAAUUAUCUCAUGGGGCGGGUUGUCAUUUUGGCUUUUACAACCACGGUGGAGCUUUUCCCUUGUCCAAAUCGCCCCUACAGUUUAUGUGUUAAGUCCAACAGUGUUUGACUUUAAGACAUGAGGUUUCACUUCCUAGGGUUCUCGAAAAUCAAAGUUUGGCACCUUACUUCGAUAUGGUCUGCAAUGAGGGAGUUGGCUUCCAAGUUUUUGUGAAAAAAAAUUGGUUCUUGAUAGAAGGGUUAUUGGAUGAACUUCAUGUGCUAGUACAGAGGGUUUUGUUAAGAGCCACUCAUUGACCCUUUUCGUUGUGUUUCUCCUCUUACUUGUCCUUCACGUGUUUCUGUUGAGAGCAAUCAGCGAGUUAAAAUAAUAUGACCAUGGAGCUAUGAAGUAGCAAAUUAAAUGGUAGUAUCUAAAAAGCUGAAUGAAACUGUCCAAACAUUUCGUUUGGCCAACAUGCGCCGUUCAUUGACAAUCUUAUAAUUUCAUCUCAGCUACUGGGAGGAUUCAGGAAAGACGAGCAAUCUAGAUCAUAUCAGGGCUGUGGAAGAGUCUCUCAAGGAAUCUCUUAAUCGAAUUCGUUCGCAACAGGUGGGACCGGAAAAUGCUUGUGGCUGCCGUUCAUUCUAUUCUUCACUACGAUAUUUAAUCAGCAGGAAUUUAUCGUAGGCGGUUAUCAGCCUUAGUGAGGCUCACUAACGUUCGCAGUUAUUUCUGUCAUCCUCAGGAUAACUAUGCGAAGCAGCAGCUUAUGCCGUUUGACUGCCCCAGCCAGGUGAAGGACAAAGACAGUGAUGCAUCAGUGAUCAAGGAUUCUGGUGUCUUCUUAUGAUUAUUCAAUUACUUAUUUAUUGAAAUUUUCAUUCUGUAGUUCCAGAACAGUAUGCAUUUGCCGUUGGUGAUAGGCGAUGAGCUGCAGCCCCAACCACUGUCCUGGCUCCAAAGCCACGAUUAUCAUCAUAUCUUGUUACCAGAAGAGGGACACUUGAUUGGCCCCAGGUGAGGGGUAUCCCUUCUUUCUUUUCAGAAAGUUGAUAACUCGGUGCUAGUACGACUAAAUCUAUCAAUUGGGUUUUAGGCAUCAUUCAUAACUGUAGGUGCCUACCCAUUGGAUCUUCAGUCAAUAUUUUAUGUAAAAGAACUCCUCAUUCAAGAUAUGCAAAUGGUGCGAUAAAUUUUGGAAUGGUGCAAUAAAUUUAUUUCUUUUCUUUUUUUAUUCUUCCGCCUUCGUUUAUGUAUGUAGUUUUCUGGUAUUGCAGAGAUAUGGAUUGUUCUAUCAGCACUUCUCUCCCAUGCUAUUCCGGUUACUUUGGCACAGACAGACCGACAGAGGAGACCAAGGGAUCCCAGGGAGCCCCGGGGAUCGAGCUGACCCAGAAUGGGAGUCUGAGCCUGCAGCUUGGAGGUCAACACCCAUUUGACUCUUACGGGAUCCACCCGCUGCCUGACAGGUUCAAACCCGAGGGGGGAGACAACUUUCCGGAGGACGGUGCCAUGGAUUACCAAGGUAACUUUCCGGCGUACGACACCAGCAUCCAGAACUGGGCUUCCUCAUCUGGUUCUUGCUGUCUCUCCAUGUUCGACGAGCAUUCAUACUCUCAGGUGGGCUACCACCCAAAGCACUCUCCAACCCUCUGAUGAACUUAGUUAUAUGAAACAAGUGCUCAUAUUUAAUGCCGAAGAAACUAGAGCGGAAAUAUUUCUUUCAGCGUACCCCUGCAAAAAAAAAAUUCCUUUAGUGACAGGCAAUAAUCACUAAUUUUUGGGUCGUUGUUUGCCGGUGGCCAGCUUCCUGAUUCCACCUUGUCGCCAUUGAUGAAGCCAUCGAACGACGAGAACACCCUCUGCUGAGGCGUCCGAGAAGCUCCACCGCAGCCAUUCUCCGCCGCGGUGGGGGUGCGGCCGGCCGGCAGAUGAUAUACGAAUAUACAUGGCGGCGGCGGCGGCACCCUUCACGACACGUCAACCCCGAUGA